AUGAAGUCCUUACUCUUCAAAUAUCUCAUCCUUCUCUCCGUCGCCUCGAGCGUAUCCGCCCUCCUCCCCGAAUCCCUCAAGUCGCGACUUGUCUUCCGCCGCCGUCUUCUCCCCCAAAACAUCCAUAUCUCUAAUAACAGCAUUGAGCCGGAUCCAGGCUCAUACCCACCAUCAGUUUUGCAACAAACGCCAAUAAUGGGGAACAGUCCGAGCAAAGAACAGGACGCAAAGGCGCAAGGGCCCCUUUGCAUCUCUGACAUCCUCGCCAAGACUCGCGAGGUCAACAUAUUCUCCUCUCUCACGCGGGAUAUCGAGUCCGUAUCGACCCGGCUAAAUAACGGGACGAGUAACAGCGUCGUCCUGGCUCCACUGAAUUCAGCGAUUAAGGCACUACCCCGCAAACCAUGGGAGGAUCCGUCGGAUUAUAAACACUUCGGAGAAGAAGAAGCAUAUGCGGGGAAACAAGGGGAGGGGAGGGCGGCGAGGAACCUGCGGCGUUUUGUUGAAGCGCAUAUUGUUCCAGAGAGCCCGUGGCGGGCUAAUAAGCAGGUGAAGACGGUGGGAGGUGGUAGUAUCUAUUGGAAGCAGGAAGAUGAUGGGAAGAUUUAUAUAUAUCCUAGCAAAAUCGAGGUUAAAAAGAUUAUGACCCAGGCGUCUAAUGGAGAAGUCUGGAUUCUUAAAGGGGUUGUCAACUACAUUUGA